AAUCUCCAUCUGCGAAGAAUUGACUGAAUCCACGAAGAACCGUUGAUUCGAACGGACUGCUGCGGCAGAGUAUCUUUCUAUCUAUCUAUCUAUAUAUCUGGAGCUUGUGCAUUUUUUUUUUCGGCUCGCCGUUGUGUAUAUUUUUGUUUUCGUUUGUCAUUUUGUGUGCCGCCUCAAUUAGUUCGCCGGUUCCCCGUCCCAACUGCCGGGCCAUCCGCUCCACCAAGUGCCGCACAGAUUCAUUGAACCCUCGACUUUUGAGAUUCUGAGGCCCGCAGUAGCGGCAAGAGCAGCAUCAGCUUCAGCACCAGCAUCCCCAGUUUCCAGUUUCAACCCAUCCAGCGUAUCCAGAAUGUCGGACGGCAUCGAGGUCGAGCAGAUAGUGGAGAGCAAGCCGAGGAGGAUGCCAUUGGCCACCUCACUGGACAAGGACUCCAUUCGCGAGGCAUACGAGGACGUGCGCUCCGAUCUCACAGACACCGAGUGGGCGGUGUUCAAGUUCGACGGCCCCCAGAUCGUGGUCCAUGCCAGGGGCCAGUGCUUCGAGGAGUUCCGUCAGCAGUUCGGCGACUCGGAGCGCGCCUUCGGCUACAUUCGCAUCCAAAUGGGCGACGAGAUGUCCAAGCGCAAGAAGUUCAUCUUCCUGACGUGGAUCGGCCAGGAAGUGGGCGUCAUCCAGCGGGCCAAAAUGUCCACGGAUAAGGCGCUCAUCAAGGACGUGCUUAAUAACUUUGCAGUGGAGCUGCAGGCGGGCGUGGAGACGGAGCUGGACAUCGGCCUGUUCCGGGAGGCGUUGAACCGCGCCGGUGGUGCCAACUACGGUACCGGCAUCCGGGAUAACUAGGCGUUCCUGCAAUUAUACAAUUAAACUAUUUUUUUUGUGCAUCUCUUCAAUCGCUUACCAAACUGCUCCUUUUUACUUAAUUAUGAAUUAAUUUUUACGCAAUUUUAAAUUUGUAUAUUUUACGUAAUAUAAUACGAAAAUUGUAACAUUUA